AGCGCAAUCAUCAGUCUCCUGCCGGCAGUCCCCGCGCGCGCCAACAACGCCUCGCGACCCAACAUAACCAAAAAGUCUCGUGUUUAUGUUGUCAGUGCGCGCACGAGUAGUCCUCGUACCCUCCGACUCGCAAGAAAUGUUUCGUUAAUCGGUUGGAUUCCAGUUUUUGUGUUUUUAAAAAAAUUAAUAAUUCAAUUUUUUGCUCGGUGAUAUAACCGUCUACGUUUUUGGAUCAAGUAGACUGUAUGUUUACUUUGGAAAUAGAUCUAUACUUUAGUGAUAAGGAGUGAAGCGAGAAGCUAUAACGAAGUGUUCGUCGCUAGGUAUCGCAGCCCAGAUCGAGUGUUGUUCGCACACAAAUUUUCAGAGAUGCGCAGAUGACAGCAACUUACGCCCCUCUUGACAAUGGGGGUGACUUGAGUAAAUUCUCCGCACAGAGAUCUACUUCUGAGAAUUCAUCGGAACAUAUUUCGUGAUUUAUAAAAAUAGUUCUACUUUUUAAUUAAAAAUGUGUUCGUGACGAAACCAUUUUUCGGCUACCCGCCGUGAAGCAAUAAAAUAAUUCGAUACCACGUUGUUAUCAGAGAAAAAAUUAGCAAUUCAAUCACUCAAAGGUAGUAAUAUAUCUGAUUCUCAAUCACGUCUGAGUGAAAGUAGUGACACGUGAAUAUUAUAGUGUUAGAUCUUGAAAAUUUACAAUGCUCUCUAGUACGAAUCAAUUGUUGAAGUAAGGCGAUUCGCUCUACUACAAUCCUGAGAUUUGAUCAAGAUGUCUUUCAAAGAAUGGCUGUGUUUGUGGCUCCUCUUCCUGGGAUACCUCUUCUUCGGGGCGGCCGUGUUCUACCAGAUCGAGCGACCCAGUGAGCAGGAGAAAAUGAUCGAGCUGGCCGAACAACGGAUGCAACUUCAAAAUUUGCUGCAAAGUCAUUUUCACUUCAGCUCACUGCAGUCGCAGCAGCAGGUUCUGAACGCACUGAACAACCUCUGCGGGCAGGAUAUCUUCGACUUCCAGAUCAAGAGGAACCUCCAACCAGGCGAAGUCAUCGAGGAAGGCCUCGAAGAAGAUGAGCUCACGUUUAAAUGGACCUACUAUAACUCUUUCUUUUUCGCUCUCACCACUCUAAGUACAAUAGGUUAUGGGAAUUUACACCCUUCGUCACCUCUGAGUAGAUUUUUGGUGAUUAUCUACUCCUUAAUCGGUAUUCCUAUCAAUGGUAUUGUUCUCACUCAACUAGGAGAGUUUUUUGGAUCAACAUUUCUCAGGGCUCACCAUCGGUACAAAUCGACCAACACGGAAUUCCAGUCUAAGUUGGGCAUUGUGAUGGACAUCUUCAUGUACCUCGCGCAAGGCAUAGUCAUUUUCAUCAUCUUUCCGUCGGGGAUGUUUGUCUACUUCGAGGGAUGGACCUUCAAUGAAAGUAUAUACUACGCCUUCGUCACGCUUACUACCAUCGGAUAUGGAGACUUCGUCGCAGGGCAGCUGCCGAAGAACAAAGAUUACUACUCCCUGUACAAAGUGGCGUUGGUGGUUUGGAUCAUGUUCGGGCUUGGCUACCUGGUUAUGAUCCUCGGAUUCAUCUCUCGAGCGAUGCGAUCCAAGAAGCUGGCGCGCCUGGAGCAUAGACUCACGCACAACAUCAAACUGGCGCGCUCUAAACUUUGGCACGAGCUCACGGAGGAGAUCGCCUAUGUUCGCCGGACACUUAAUGAAAUGUACUUACUCAAAUUCAAGCCUGUCUAUCGGGAUCCUCGAGACGAAGCGGACGGUUUACUGGGUCGGAUGAAGAGGAGUCAGAGUGCGCCGAAUUUGAGCGAAUGGCCAGUCAUGUGGAAAGUGAAGAAGGAGACGCCACCUGUCUCGGAUAACGAUGAAGACGUCGAGGAGGAGUUCAAGAAAGUUCGCAUGCGUCGCAGGGCAGGACUCUCCGAGAAUUUGAUGAAACCCAAAGUCCUAAAGGUGCGGUCGGAUGGUGAUCUAUUCAAAAUUGAUCUGAACGCGACGUUUGAGGCACCGUCAAACAUCGCUCCCAGUGAGCUACUGGCUCGAGUCGUCGACGCACUCGGGACAACAGGUGGCAUGUCGGACUCCUCCGAUGAUGAAGAUACUACCGAAGACGGUUUUUUGAAUCGAAACUACUUCUCGAUCACGAAGGGCACCGGCAGGAUGCAAGGGGUGGACGGGUUUUCAGACGAAGAGAUUUUGGCCAGCGAGCAGUACGGAAGCACGGAGGGCCCCGGUGUUAAGAGGAGCCGCGCUCUUAGUGAUACCGCCCCUCCCUUGUCACCUCUCCAACAGCCAUCCUCGUAUGUGGAGCAGUGGACAUGGGCCGGAGCUGCUGCUACUGAGAGGAUGCAGAAACUUAGACGGCAAAGAGACAUGAUAAGGAGGAGUGGGAACAUCUCUCGGCAUCCAGAUCCAAGCAAGGUGGACGUGGAGAAAGGACUUCCUCUACCGGUUCGUGGUCUUCGUCGCAUGUCGCAAGCAGCCUACAACUUCAUUUCAACCUCAAGCAGCAAGACGCACAGGUGGUUCCAAAAUCUCAAAACCACCGACUCGAAAAAAGCCAAGCGGAAAUCACAUCUCUCGCAAUCUUGCCAUCGACUUUCGGUGCCUGAGAGUAGAUACGACGAUGAGUAUCGUUCCCAGUUGCCGCGACACUACUACACCCACACCCAAGCCACCCGGCCACCCUCCGAGUUCCUGACGGCCCUGGCGGCGACGAUGGCGGCCGGGAACCACGGGCAGUUCCCGAUGCACAGCCCCGUCCUGGAGCAGACCACCGUGGCCGAGUUCAUGACCGUCCUCAACGCCCUUCACACCCGCGUCGGCACCCAGCUGGCCAACGUCGGCAACAUCAACAUCCGCACCGUUCACGCCCCCGAGAAGAAGCGCUCACCCCUCUUCACCCUCUUCAAACAUGCCUCACAGGAUGAAAACAUGUUCCCACUGCCAAGCAGCGACUCGAAACCACCGCGCGAGUCGCGGCGAAUGUCGACCGCGGGCUACACCACCGCUGCUCCGCCGGCGCCGCAGGGUCAAACGCCGACCCAACAACCGCCCUCGGAGAAGAAACCCAGGCGCUUCUCGCUCUCACCCUUCUCGCUCUCCUGCUACCCGAAGAAGGACUCGACGGAGAAGCCCAACUGGCUCCAGCGCAAAAGCUCAUCACCCGGACUCACCUCCUCGAACCCUUCCAUCUCCAUGCCGCAAUUCAUGAAGAUCCGCAGAAGGACCCUCUCGACCUCCUCCUCGGUGCACCCCAUCACCUGCGCCCCGACAGUCAUGAAGACACGCACCCCCGUCGUCCCGCACCCCCCUGCACCUCCCCCCGCCACCACCGCGCCGCCCCCGCAAAUCAUCACCACGCAGGCGCCCCCGCCCGAGGGCAAGACGAAACGACGCUUGUCGGCGCGACCUCCGUCGGGAGGAGGUCAGAAGAUCAAGCGCUUCUCCGUGUCUCCGUGCGAGGAGCAAGCUAUCUGCCUCACCAUGACCUCCACGACCUCGAGCAUGACCUCGAGUGUCACUCCGGCGCCCUGGCGACCCCCAGACGAGGGCCAAGGUCAAGGUCAAACUCAAGGUCAAGCCACCACGCGGCUCUUCACGAUGAUACCGCCGGAAGAGUUUGGAUCUGGAAGGCCGCCGGGAUCCGCGGAUCAGAGCGACCCGCAGAAGGCGGAUCUUGAAAGCGUCGUCGUCGAUAAGCUCUGAGUCCACGCCACUUGCGGCUGUGAUGCAAGUCUUGCUUAAUCUUGUUUUUCUGUGAUUUUAGAAAGAAGGCAGUGCACCUUCAGGAUGGAGUUGUUGCAGGAUGUAACUCACUGCAAUAAAUAUGCCAAUCCAAAAACGCUGUACCAAUGGCUUGAUGCGAAAGAGGCGUAUCUCAGUUGGAACGGUUGAAACUCCCUCAAGGAAUACUUAUUAAAAUGUGUCCUUGCAAUUUUGUGUGAUUCUUUUUUAAAUGAGCGAAGAAGAUUCACACAAAGGUAUUUUCAGUAGAAACUGUUGAUUAACAUAAAAUGUUGUAGGUCGUUUCAUUUCCUUUUUUAAAAAAAAGAAAAAGGAAACAUGAACGGAUACUUAUACUACGUCGCCAUCUAAAAUACGCAUUUUUCAACUUUAGCUAUCGAUGGGAACGUUUCAGGGCUAGUCCAACGGAGUUCUCCGAGUUAGGUACGCUUUUUCCAUAUAAAAUAAAAAUGUUUAUACUGUAACGAUUCUAAUUCAUUCGAUUUGCAUUGAAAAGGGAUUGGGAACGUCUUUAAAUCAUGAAUUGUUUGAAUAAAAUCUUUACCCGUGCCAAAGUGAUUUGCUGUUAAUCAAGAACUGCAGAAGAGUGUAACGAAGUCAUUCUUUGCAUCUAAUGGUUUUUUACUAGCGUGGGACGAAACGGGCAGUGUACAGAAUUUUUAUUUUGAUUAUUUUAGCACAUUAAACUCCUAGGGUUCAGAUGAAAAACGAGGGACUGAACAAUCUCAACCACGUCAGUUAAAGUUAUUGUUUAUCUGGUCGCUACUUUGAGUUCCUGAUAUUCUGAAUGAAUGCGCCAAUUGAGUUUGCUAUUUUUAACUAAAAUUUAAAUAGAAUAUCAAAAAUGUCCAACGUUGUGCGGCUAAAGGGUGAUUCUCUUUAUGUAAAAUACGCUUUGGCACCCAACACACUUUAUUGCGUGAGACGGUUUUUUAGAAAAUCUAAUCAGUUGAUGAAUCCUUUUCCAAAAAAGUAAGAUUGAACAAAACUCUAUACUUACUUCCUUUACUUUUCAUGACAUUUUUCGUUAAAUUUUACGGCAAGGUUGUACAGAGGAAUGCGCGAUGCAGUGUGCGAGUCUUGCGGCAGCUUAAUGUCGAAUAGAGGUGUUGAACGUUUGUCUGUGAAAUUUCAAAGUCAUUUUCAGAGAAUAAAAAAGGAAGGAACUGUUUUAUUGAUCGGCAGAAUUAGGAGCGGCCUCCUCACCUCUGAUCGACCAACUUACACUUUAUGCGGCUUCCUCUUUGCAGAGGGUAUUGUAGUUUUCAUGAGUUUUACUCCUGUAAACUUCACUAAUUACAGUUUUGAACAUUUUAAAUACUUUCGCCUACUCAUUUUUUUUUUUUUUUUUUUUUUUUUUUUUUUUUUUUUUUUUAACACUUUUAAAUAUAAAGCAAGUAGAAUUUAUGCAGAGAAACCAAGGUAUCGAAAUUUAUUAUGUUCGCCAAUUUUCUUCCCUGCGAACAUGACUGUUAGGUAUCAUUCACCUAUUCAAUUUCCUCUCAUCCAGCCGGGUUUAUAUCACGACAUUUCUCUGAAAUAGCACCACAAAGUAUUAAGUGCACUUACAAAUUUCGAGUGGAUGAUAAAAUUUCCUGUUCACUCUUUUUCUAUGUUAUAUUCCCACUGUCAUGAGGACGUCUCUUCAUUAUAGGUACAUAAAGGAAGUUGUAAAUGAAUGUCAACUUUUAAACGUGUUGAAGGAAUUGAUUUCCCGUUUCUAUUUUCGUGCAACCAUUUUUUAAUAAUGUUGUGAUUUUGCUGUGCUGGAACGCUCAACCUACUUAGAUCUUAUUCCUCUGAUGAAGUAUUUUUUAUUUAUUUGCCGAUCGUUCUGUUACGUUAAAAAUUAUAAACUAGUAGGUAAAUCAGAAAGUCGGAAAAUUGUGGUAAAACUUCAAGCGUUGUAUUUAUGUAAAACUGUAAAUAAAGUUACGAUGUUUGCAA